AACAUUCAAGUUUUUUUUUUUAACCCAAAAAUGGACGUUUUGAUUACAACUCAGAUUUUCGAGGAAAACACAACUCGGACCUUUAAUAAAUCUGCCCCUAAAAUAUAACUCAAAGGUGAACAACCCCUUUGAUCCGUCACUGCCAUUAUCUUUGUUUUUGCCCAUGAAAUGUAUUAAAGAUGUCAGUUGUGUGACUGCUGUAAUAUGGUCAUGCAUACACCUAACCAAAUAUAUUCCAUUUACUGGAAAUUGCUCUUUGACAAUGGUGGGCGGAGCCCUUGCACCCAGGUCACAGGUUCAAUUCCAAGCCCCUUAUAUUAAAGUCCAUUUUAAUAUCAACGUCCCCUUUAAGCUGUUAUGAGAAUGACUUUAAUGAACCCAAGGGAUGUGAAAAUACAUAGGGUGUCCAUGUAACCCUCUGUCGCUGCCAGGUCACAAAUUUUGGAUCCUUGUCACAUGUCUGGAUGCCGUAAAAGGGGGUUUUCGGUCAUCUGAAGUCUCUAGAAAAUGACCUACAGAUGACAGUGGGAGGUUGAAUUCUUUCCCAUUCUCAUGUCUCUGGACUAUGAAGGUAGAAUUCCUUUUUCUCAUAUGUACUAGUUAAUAUUUCCUACUAACAAACAGGCACUAGUGCAACGCACUACUGGCCAAGCACGGGGACCAAUGUGUAGUGAUGUAGCCAAGGAAACUACAUACUGGUCGUCUUAGACCAUCGAUUGCUUCCCAGAACACAAACUGUGCAGCGUCCGGGAGCAACUUAACCAAGAUGAGAGUGUUACUGGGACUGAUGAUACUGUAUGGAGCAGUGAGAUUGGCCGGGGGAGGUCGGUGUUAUGAUGAAGGAAUCUACGUGUGCCUCAGUGUUCCCAAAGAUUAUCCCUCUAACAUCACGUCGCUUCUUUUAAUAAAAACCGCUAAAGAAAUCACCACAUCCCUGUUUACGAGUCCGAACCUGCAAUCUGUGAAAAGGCUGAACUUGGCGCUAAACGGUAUAGAGAAUGUCCACGCAGGGGCCUUCCGCAUUUUCGAAAAAUUGACCAGUUUUGUCCUGCACGGCAACCACCUGAAGACGAUAUCCCCUGAUUGGUUCCAUGAGUCGGUUCCGUUAGAAGCCUUGAACGUAGCCAACAACAGCAUUGAUGAAAUUGGCCCGGAGAUGUUGGCGGGAUUGUCCUCGUUGCAGACUUUAGAUUUCUCCAGUAAUAGAAUUAGUAAAAUCAGAGGUGGCAGUUUCAGUGACCUCGCCAAGCUCUUCUUCCUCGAUUUGUCCAGUAACAGCCUUUCCUACCUGCCCAAUGAUCUACUGAAGCCGUUACAGAAUGCCUCCUUUAAAUUGGGGAAUAACCCAUGGAACUGCUCCUGCCCUCAUAAGGAUUUUGCUGUUUUUUUACAAGAACUAAGAAAUAGUUCCCGCUUGAUGGAUCCUGAGAAGGUUGUUUGCCACUCUCCACCCACCCUAAAUGGAACUUCAGUUUGGAACAUAACUUUUGACAACUGUUCAUCGACCAACACGGAGAACCAACACGGAGUGGCCCAGCCGAUAAUCGGAACAGUUUUGCUGGUGAUACUUGGAUGUCUGUUGCUCUGUCUGAUUGCCUGGAUAAUUAUGUGCGCCCUCCCAAAUCACUGGAAGAACAAAGUGAGAAAUACAGAUGAGCAUAGGUCUCGUCCAGAUUGCAAUCUACGCAAGAGUUCCGCAGAAACGACACCAAACAGCUUGUUGGUUGGCUCUGUGAUUUCACAUUCUAGCAUCAAAAAGGAGAGUGCAAGUGUGUCCGAGUGCAGAUGUGGAAAGAAUGUGUGUCCCCGCAAUCAAUAUGAAGACGCUGGUGCAAAUAGCAGCCAUAAAAUCAACAAUAAGGAUCGGGACCAAGUCUCAGGAACCCGAUUAAAAUCUCCGUGGGGGAAAGGAAUUGCCAGAUGUUUAAGUUCUCCAAGUCUUUUUCCUUCUGACAGUCAGUUACAACAUUUAAAGAACCCUGAGGUCCGUGCUGAGCAUCCGUGUAGUGCGGAGAUGCCAGAAGAUAUCUGUAUCUUGGAUACUCCACAGUCACAGACUGAGAGCAGCAAAAACAUAUGUAUGAAGGACUCCUCUGAUCAAGAUUCUAAAUCUGUUGAUACUUGCUACACAAACACUGGAAUGGUUAAAUAUUUGGAAACGGAACAGCAAGAGCAGACCAUGACCUUAACGUGGAAACCUUACCUUAAUUUGACCUUAACUAAGAAAAGCCAAACUUGGAGCACAUUCCUUGACCUACCUAAUGAUUCCACAAAAAGCAUCAGUGUGAUUUCUAGGGACACAGAAGGGUCCACCGAUGGUGUUAAUGCAAAUAUGCUACCCCAGGCAAACCAAAAUCUUCUGAAAAUGAACCAUGGACAUUAUGCAAGCGCCCCUUACCAAAAGGAGCAUUUGUUAGAAAAUGAGGUAGGAUGCAUUAGACACAAUGGUUCCAUGUCUCAAAGCCAACCAGAAAAGGGUAUCUUUUCAUUGCAAUGUAUGCCAUCACCAGAAGAUGAAGAUAUAUUCCUAAAAAAUGGUACUGAAGAUGGCAACUUGAAACCAAGCAGUAAAUUGUCUCCACUUCCCUCGUGCCAACUUGGUCAUGUCUUUACACCAGCCCAAAAGAAGUCCAUUAGUUACCUUAGUGAAAUUGAAACCAAUCUGGAAGAUUCUAGAGGUAAAUCAAGUUCUUCAGAACUUAUCAAAAACAAGAAAACCUUUCCAAUGUUGUAUGAACAGCCAGCAAGGGAGAGAUUUUGGAAAUACCAUACAAAUUGUUGUGAUGAGUAUACACCAUGUCCAACAGCUGCAAAAGUUUUGAAGCAGCAGAAACAUUUAGAGGCUAAAUCAGCAGACAAUCAGCCGCUCUCCACUCCCCCUUCUGAUGAGGAGCUUCUUGAAGACCGAACUACUCAACCUUCCAUACAUGGUGAACACAGCAUUAAGUUACAGCCUUCCUUGUCCCCAAAGAAGAAAUGUGUGACCUUGCCUGAUCUGAACAUAUACAAGCACGCUGCAUGUGCUUCUUGGAUACCAGAAUUAGAAAUUGCUCCACCAGACUCAGUAACUGUUUCACAAGAAGAUGUUUUUCAAAACUGUUGUGCGGAAGCACUGGCUGAUUCUGCCUCUCAAAGUUUUAAUGUAGAACCAACAUCAAAGGAAAGCUUGCAUCCAGAAGUAUUUAUGGGCAAUAAUAUUCAAAGCUUAUUUCGAAGAGAAACAAGUGUGGAUGCAAUUCAAAAGUUAUGUGAUGUAGCUGAGAAUACAAAUGAAAACUUGUGUUUAGAGACCACAAAGGAGAAACCAGUUCAAGGUUUGUUUUCAGAAACUGUAAAUGAGAAUACAUUUCAGGUUUUGUCUACAAAUGAAGUUGCAUUUCAAGAUCUGCGGUCAGAAUCCACAACUGAGAGGACAUUAAAAGACUUGGGUGCAAUAGCCACAACUGAGACCAAAAUUCAUGGACUAUAUUCUGAAGUUACAAGUGAAUGUUCUGUUCAAAAAUUGCAUUCAGAGGUCAUGACUAGUCCUAAAGUAUCUAUUUUGUCUUCCGGAGAAAUGACUGGGUCUUUAACGGUAGGCUUGCAAAUAAAAGCAAUGGCUGGUUCGAAUCCAAGGACCAAGCUUUCCAAAGCAGUGACUGUUCCUUCAGCUCUUGGCUUGUGUUCAACUUCAGUACUUGGGUCUUUAACUCAAAGUGGACAGUCAGAAAUCAUACCGGAAUGCCUGCAUCCUGGAUCUAUGACUGGUUCGUCUACUCAAGUGGUGUGCUCAUCAACAAUCACUAGGCGUGUCUUGAGUUCAAUUAAAGAGUCCCUAAAACUGAAUGCUGGCUUAGAGCAACCACACAGUGAACAAGGAGCAGAUGCGGAACCUCUUUGCCAUUUAGAAACUGUAGCAUUUUCAGAUUGUAGCAUUAAUACGAAUAGGAGAGUUUCACACAUUUCUUCCUCAGAUUCCAUACAGGCAGUUGAUGAAGUCUUCAGAUGGGAAGGGAACACAGAUUACUCUGAACAAUCUAGUGUCCCACAAGACAAAAUCCUGGAUGCUAGAAACAGUUUUCAAAAGAGUAGUGGCCCCAACAAGGGUGAAAAUAUUAAAAUUCAUGGAGAAACGGUUGUAGAAUGUGAUAUGGAGGAGACUCCUAUAGCAUUUAAAACUUCCAAGGACAAUGAUGACCUACCUAAACAAAACCAUGAUCAAAAUGAUAAGAAUAAUAUAGAAGGUGAUCAUAAAAAUAUAAACUUUGAUUCUUCUGAGCACCCAUUUAGUCUACUAGACUUACAACCAGAGGACAGAAUAUUCAUAGUUGAUAAGGAGGAGGUAGAACACAACUCCCAAAUCAGACGAGAUGCACCAAUCACCAGAAAAGCUCGUAAAAGUGAUAUGGUGGGUCAUACUGAUAACCAUUCAUGGGAUUCUGUGCUAUUACCCAUGAAGAAAGACAACCAUUUUCAGAGAUCAACUCGAAAAACAUCCAAGGAACCCAAACUAUGUGAAAAUGCUGCAAUCUGCAAACAAAUGGAAGAUAAAAACGAUAUGAAAAGUGCCUUGUCCUUAAGGCCUUCAAAAAGAGUUUACCACUCUGUGUUUCCAAUAUCAAUGAAUACAUCAGUGGUUGGAUGUUCCAAUGAAGAAGAACACAAUGUGUCUCUCAAAGCAGAACCUUCCAGUGAAAAUACUUGGAUUCCAAAUAUCUUGCCAGGACAUUGCCCAGAGGGUCUAAAACUUAACCUGUCUGAGGAACUAAAAAAUAAAAUGAUCGGCACUAGGGAAUAUCUAAGUAACUUGUAUGCCAGAAGACCCAAAAAGACACUUCAUGAAGGUACAUCUGUGGAAGCGCAAGGAACACAUGAUUUAAGCAUCUUAGCCAACCUUCAUUUCUGCAAAGUGAGUGGAAGUGUGCUGAAGGAAGCUCUGGAGUAUGAGGAGACACCUAACAAGCAGGAGCCUGACCCCAGUUUGGUUUCUGUUGAUCCGGAUCUUGUAUACUUGCCACCUACUAAUGGUGGCCGAUAGUGAGAUGGCUGUUCUAAAUAUCUUGUGCAAAUUAAAAAAGAGCCUAGAUCUUCUACUCAAUUCUAACGAGGAGACCGUGCCCUAGUGAUGUCUUUUUUAACUGAACAUUUCUUAAAUAAAGGCCUGUACAACCUG